CACAAUGGGGGGGACGCUCAACGAUGCUCUCGCGAGGCUGCACAAGAAGCAUGCCGAGGUCCAAGCGGUGGUGAAUGACAUGCAUUCAAUGCUCAAGUUGGAAGUGGAAGAAGGGCAACAGCGCAAGCUUCAGAUGACGAUGCAGCAACAACAAUUUGAGCGACAAAAGCGUAAAUGGGCUGAAGAGGCCGAAGACUUAAGGAGAAGUAUUGCAACGUCAGCGACCGUGGCUCGUGAGAAUGAUGCUCAACUCAACAUAUCUCGGAUGCGAAUAGAUGCUGCCCAACAGGAGAAGGCUGUAUUGCAGGAAACCUUACGCGAACGCGAGCAAUUUAUCUCGAGCGUGCUUUCCGAUAAGGAAAACACGUUCAAAUUUAAAGUACAAGAAUUCGUCAAAUACCAAGCACCUGACACCGAUGAGGCAAGCCAACGAAAAUUCUCAGUUGAUCAAAUGGAGCAAAUUCGCAUGGCGUCGAAAUAUUUGGAUUCGUACGCGGCCGACGUCUCCAAAGCGAUCAAUGAAUGUAACAGCGUCCAUAUCGUUGGCAACAACAUUUCUGACCUCAGAUGAAAGUGGCAAGAGAAGUUCGAUCGAUAGAGGAG